AUGUUCCAGCACGUUCCAUCUUCCAUUGGCCAAAAACGUGUUUUCGACUCUGUCUUCCCGCCGUCCUUGCUCAGCGGCAUAUCUUCAGAUGUCACUCGGGUCCUAGGAUACGCACCUCCAGGCGCGUUAUUUGGCAGUACACAACUAUCUUCCGAUUUGGAAAAUGCUUCAUCAACCUCGGAGGAGCCAGAACCAGAACAAGUCACAUGGGACCGGUCAUGGCAUACAGCAACGGCAUUCCUUGCUAUCCCAGAUAAGCGAUUUAAUAUCAGUAAUAACGGCAAUUGUGAUGACCAUAUAGGAGAUAGGGUGCUGCUAAAACGAUGGGCCCGAGAUCCACCUACAACGAAAACACGGGAUAGUCUAUAUUAUGUAGGUGCCGACGCAUCCCAGGGAAAAGACCUGAGGAAAGAAUUGAAAGAAUGUGAUCUCAAACUGUGGUACAUAAAUGAAACCCGUCGACACUUUUUAACUAAUUUUAAAGAUUCUCUUAUUCAUAUUUUACAAACCACCGAGAAGAAGCAUGUCCUUACCCGGCUAAUUCGAUAUCUUCGUCUUAUUCAGAAUAUUUAUUAUAGCCCCUUUUUGAAAUAUAUAUUACCGUUAUCAGACCCAAUGGCGAGGGAUACGGGUUUUACGGCUCUUCGUGAGAGUAUACACGCAGUCACCACGUUUUCUCUUCCCCAUUCAUUUUUUGACAUUCUUGCCACAGAACUCAGUGCUGCGUGUUCUACAAUUCUCGGAACAAAGAAUAGUGGUGAAAGACUCAGUCCUGCAGAUACGGACGGUGAUGAGAUGGAUGUCGAUCCAAAGUCUCGCAUGUGCUACAGUAGCUGGAGAAAACAACCACCCAGCGAUAGAAUUUCUUUGAUCUCAGAAAGGGAGAUACCUGGAGCCAUCGACGCGAGACAUGGUCUGAUCCGCAUACUAGAAGGGCUUCAGGAAGUCGGAUUGGGUGGUCAAAAAUGCCAGACUAUAUUUGCCAAUGUGAUGAACAAUAUGAUAACAGAGUUUGUAAUAAAUUCAUACUCUGGGCUAUGGGAUACUCCGUCAUUUGCCAUCGAACACUUACGUCUGUGGAUCGGAAAGAUUUUUGGGCGGCUAGUCCUUCAAGUUCUUCAAUGUUUGAAACAAGGUGGGCAUGGGGUACCACGAGGUGAGGAAAGCAUCGAUGCUACCUUGACAGAUAUCCAAAAAUGGCAAGAGAUUGCUGUUACUCGACUCGCUGCCUUACGGAUAAGCGAACUCUUCGAUAUAGUCGUUGAAUGGGACGCAAGUAGCGGAGCAAUUGAGGAUCUGAAGAGCUAUACUACCAACCCAAUGACACGCCUUUACCUUUCGAGCAUGUUCAAUACCUCCAUCUUUCAACGACUCCUUCACCCAGGUGCCUCUACUGUCGAAAUAUUGCAACUCUAUAUUUCUAUAAUCAGGGCACUUACUCAACUAGAUCCAAGAGGAGUGUUGUUAGAUAGGGUGGCGCGACCUAUACGCAGGUAUCUACGUGAACGAGAUGAUACAGUGAAGGUCAUCGUGAAUGGACUAUUGGCUGAUGUGAGUGAGACGAAGGAUCAGGAGAACACGGAUCCAAAUACGCUGGUGGAACUGGCAAUUGAAUUAACGAGUGCACGCCAAGCAUCCUUGCGGAAUGAUUCUGGGGAGCUUGACUGGGAUGAUAUGAACUGGGUCCCUGACCCUAUUGAUGCUGUGGUUGACUAUAAGAGGUCAAAACAGUCCGACGUUAUAGGAAGCAUGAUAACUCUAUUUGAAUCCAAGGAAGUCUUUGUAAAGGAACUUCAGGAAACAUUGUGUGGCAGGCUGCUAAGCAGGAGCGGAUCAUUCGACCAAGAGGUUUCCGUAUUGGAGCUGCUGAAGGUUCGCUUUGGUGAAUCAGCACUCCAAGCUUGCGAAGUUAUGCUCCGUGAUGCACUUGACUCCAAGAGGAUUGACACCGUUAUCCGAACGGAUAAAGGCCUUGACCAGGGACCUACAGCCGGCAUUCAUACUAAAAUCCUAUCCCGUCUGUAUUGGCCUGAGCUCCAGGAACAGGAGUUUAAAAUUCCCACCGAAAUUAUUGCACUGCAGGAAAAGUAUUCUGCAGGUUUCGAGUCUCUGAAACCUUCCCGAAAAUUAACUUGGUUGAACGGCUUAGGAACAGCUACUAUUGAACUUGACCUUGAAGACCGCGUAUUCAAGGAUGAGGUGACGACAUGGCAGGCUGCUGUCAUAUACUCAUUCCAAUCAGAUGAGAAUGCCACAGUGUCAAAGUCGGUCAACGAACUAUCCAAUGAGCUAGACAUGCCUGCAUCUCUUGUCCGCAGCGCCUGCUUAUUCUGGCUGAGCAAGCGCAUUCUCAUCCAACAACAACCCGAUACCUUUACUGUCCUCGAAACACUACCUGACGAUGAAGAUCCUGGAGCCUCAUCUCAAAACCAAGCACAAGCUCAGCCAAACUCCGACGCUAAUGCCGCCGCUGCCGCUGCCGCUGCCGCGGCAAAGGAAGCGGCAGAAGCGGCAACAAUGGCGAAAAUGGAUUUGUACUGGCAAUUCAUUAAGGGUAUGCUUACGAACCAAGGAGCCAUGCCUCUACAGCGUAUCAUUAUGAUGUUAAAAAUAGCUGUUCCCGGAGGAUUCCCAUUUAGCAGUGAGGAGCUUAAACAGUUUAUGGGAAAGAUGGUUUCAAACGGGGAGCUUGAGAUGGUCAGUGGUGGAAAUUAUAAGAUAGUAUCAUAG